CACAGCCCAAGCACACCAGCCAGGACUUAUUUGACCUUUGACCCGUCCUCGAGACGGACAGACCCAGCUGCAGCUCCGACCGAAGAGGAUGACCACCGCUGCUGCAGCCGCUUCCCUGCUCGUCCUGUGCGCCCUGAUGGCGCCAGGCUGCGUCCAAGCAUGGGGCGGCCUCUUCAACCGAUUCAGCCCUGAGAUGCUUUCCAACCUGGGCUACGGCGGCCGUGCCGGGCCCUACAGGGCGCAACCCUUCCUCCAGAGUCCGGUAGAGGUGUUGGAAGAGCUGCAAGAGAACGACCUGGAACCGUGCUACGGCCGCAAGUGCACCUCAAACGAAAACUGCUGCCCCGGCUCCGUGUGCGUGGAUGUCGACGGAAUUGUCGGCUCAUGUCUCUUCGCAUAUGGACUGAAGCAAGGCCAACUUUGCCGACGGGACAACGACUGCGAGACUGGUCUGCUUUGUUCCGAUUCUGAUGGAGAGCCACGCACUUGUCAGCCACCAAACCGAACCAACAAGCAGUACAAUGAGGACUGUACCAUGAGCGGCGAAUGUGAUGUGACUCGAGGCUUGUGCUGUCAGUUGCAACGCAGACAUCGUCAGGCUCCACGAAAGGUUUGUUCCUACUUCAAGGACCCUCUGACUUGCAUUGGCCAGGUGGCUGCCGACCAGGUGAAGGUGGCAGUGGAGCACACCGCGGGCGAGAAGCGCAUCACCUCUAAGGUGGGCGCCUUCAACCAUCUGCGCAAGUGAAUCGGUCCCUGCGUCGACGGCGUUGCAACAAUUACUCUACCAUGGAAUCCGCUUCAUUUACACACAGUUACUCAAUUACAUAAAAAAGAUUACAGGAUGUUUUUUGACUCCAUCUCGCUAACAAGUAUAAAACUCUAUAUCUCUUUCCAUCCAUCAGUGAUUAUUGCCAAUUAUCGAUGUUUUUCAAAUUAGACGGAAAAAAAAUCUUGAUGUGACUCCGCGCUCUAUUUAUCUCUCUCUCUGGUAAGAACGAAAGUGCUCGUAUGGUUUUAGGUUUUCCACCCAUCGGCGCUUUUUGAUUCUUAUAUACACGCCGUGCGCCGAAGCGCGCGUGCAUAGUCUGAUAUUAUUGAAUCUGGUCUGUUGCUGAUCCCCUGACUUGAACAAAAUUUAAUUCGAGAGAAGCAUUUCGAUUAAAACCGAGUGCUCGUCUGCAGAUGAACAUAAAAAAUUUAUGCACACACACUCUCUUUAAAAAAUAAAAUAUAUAACGAGAUAACGCUGCAAAGUUACAGUAGAUUGACCCGCAAACAAACUGCCCACGAUUGUAAUACCAUGUUCUGAUUUUGACUCGUCUUGGAUUGUAUUAUACUCCAUGUAGUAAUUGUAGUGUCGAAUUUAUUCCGAUUAUGCAUUACGUACCGCAUAAUUAUGGUAUAAUUAUUAACGUAGCGUAAGUAGCGGUUAAUCCCUCUUUACUGGCUGAGGCAUUAUUCACCUAAAUGUAGAUGUUGCAUUAUCAAUUAUUAUAUUGUCGACAAGAAAACCACGAUUAAGCGCGAUUGUGCUUGAACGUUCGUACGGAUCUCGAGGCAUGAAAACAAAAAAUAAUGCCACUUUGCUAUGUGUCACCUUAUUACCAAUUAUUGCAAAACCAACCACUGCACCCAGCAAACCCCGACGCACCUGAUUGUGUGACUUUACUGAUACAAUAACCCUUGGGCGAGGAUUGACCGAAUCGACUUCUGCGGCCAGACGGUCACGCGUCUUCUGCCUCGACCUCUCUCUUAUCUUCCUAGGGCAAUAAAAGUGCACCGUGUCUGGCAGCAAAACUCCUUUCGGCGUCCGUCUGCGACCACCAGAAUAAGCAAAAUUACUAAGCUCUUAAGAUAAUAUAGGAGAGAAAAGAAAACACGCUUAACGCGCUUUCGAUCAAUGACGAGGCACUAAAAAAAAAUGCAAUAAUCGGCAAUAAUAAGCAUAGUAAAUAUCCUGUGUAGGUGUGUUUUAACCGGUGUGCGUGCAUGCGGCUCUAGCUUGUAAUGGAAAAAACACACGUAUAUAAAAAUGAUGCACACAAUGGUGGGCGCGUUGCAAUACAAGUUUUGGGUUUUGUUGGUCCAGCCGAGAAUCGCCUCUUCCGCUUUUCUCCCGUAGACGCGCAAUUCCUACAAACUUUUAUUCCAACCCACCGAGUUCAUGUUUGGUGUGAGACUAUUAUAGAUUAACAAAAAUGAAAUUAUACCGUGUAAAACUCUAAAUAAGAGGAAUAUACCCGUAAUACAUACAGAAUGACGCAUGUGUAAAGAAAAAAUAAUCAUAUCAUGAUGUAGAUUUUAGGUCCUAAAUCAGGCAUGGUAAUGCUAAACGAGACCGGGUGAGAUAAUUAAUCCUUUUACGCGCGACAGGACAUUUUUUCGGUUCAAGAUUUGAGCACUAGGACCUUCCAUAGCAUUCCGAUAAGCAAUUUUAGCGUGACCACAUUUCUCCCCAGACCUUUGAUUAAUUGCAGUGUUAUUUUACAAGUGGCAGAAAAGCAAAUACGACGAUUUCACGAGGUUCAUUUUGGUAUUACUCGAAUUUCCUUCUUGAGAAAAUUUUAAAGAAGAACCUCUGCAUGUAAAAUCUGCAGACCGAGAGCGAGCAAAAUGAUGAAAUGCACUAGCUGUUGAGGUUUGAAAUCCACCAAAGUAUAUAUUGCUCUCUCCAGAGGGGAUUGGACAGUCUCUCAAAACCAAAUAUUAAAAAAAAAAUGCUAUGGAGUCGACACUUAACGGAAAAAGGAACUAUAUACUGAAAAAUUAUAAGCCUGUUCAACACAUAUCAUUAUUACUUAAGAGGAAAAUUUUAGAGGAAAAAAAGAGAAAUGACGAUGAAUAAAACAUAUCAGCAGAUGAUAAGCUGCACCAGUUUCUUAAGGAAGAUCUAUUUUGUUAUUGAACGAAGUGAAUAUUUUGAACUGCUAUCAUAUAUCUUAUUUACUAUAAACGACUAUGUAGAAUGUACAUUAUUUACUGUGCUUUUAACUUCUGUGGAGGGCUGGAGAAUUUUAUCCCUCUCACCGACUAAUUAUUGCGAUGUUAUGGAAAAACUACAAUGUAUUCUAUUAUGUUACUCAGGUUGAACACUAUUUAUUAUUGACAUAUAUUGCGAGAUAUUUGAAUUAUAUGAUCGUUAGUGUUGGACAACAUCUGUCGUUCUCACAAAGUUGUAGCGUUUUCUUUUCCUUACGACAAAUUCAAAACACUCGUGCAUUAAAUUUUCAUUAAUGGCAUCCCAACGUUUCGAGUAUUAU